AUGGAUUGCCAUUUGGAGAACAUGAUAUCGUCACUUUUUUUACUUAGCUGUAUCUUAUUGUCUUUAUCCCAUUCAAUUUCGGAACAGUUGCAACACAUUACUAGCACAAGCAUACCAGGUUUCGAAACUAGCAACGUAACCCUUGGUGGCUUGUUUUUCCUUCAUUACAAAGGCACUGACAAUGAGGACUGCGGUGAUUUUAAUGCCCCUGGAUUAGGUCACGCUCAGGCAAUGAUAUUCGCCAUAGAAAAGAUAAACAACGACUCGAGUUUGCUUCCAAACAUAACACUGGGCUAUGACAUACAUGACUACUGUGAGAGUGCUGCGCUUGCAAUGAAAUCCACUUAUCAGUUUGUCAAAGGUAGCGACUCACACUACGCAUGCUCACAGGAAGCUAUCAGGGCACUUGCAAGGAAUAAAACAGCGACGCAUUCUUCGAGUCCAAUUGUUUCUCUGAUUGGGCCAGCUGACUCCGGCAGCUCCGUCCUAGUUGGAAGCUUGCUUAAAGUCGCCGGUAUACCAGCUGUCAGUUAUGCUGCUACGAGUGAAGAACUAAGCUCGCCGUUCUACAAAAACUUUUAUAGAACAGUGCCAUCGGACAAGCAGCAGGCAAGUGCAAUGGCGGAUCUGUUUGAAUACUUUGAUUGGAGUUACAUUGCCACAGUAGCUGUUGAUGAUUCGUAUGGCAGAUAUGGAGUGUGGGCACUUGAAAAGGAGUCCUUCAUAAGGAAGUCAUUUUGCUUAGCUCUCUCUGAAUACAUUCCUCGUUUAAACUACAUGAACAAAAUUAAAGUCAUAGUCAGCAAACUAAAGAGGCGCUCAAAUGUCAGAGUGGUUGUUCUUUGGUUGUUUGGCGGCUAUGGACGAACUUUCAUUCACGAAGUGGAGAACCAGAAUUUACUCGAUCGCACCUGGAUUUUAAGUGACGCCCUCGCAUCAGAACAACCAAACCACAUUCAAUCACUAUUCAGUGUCCUGGAUGGGGCCUUGGGCAUUCAGCCAUUUUAUCAUCACAAUGAAGAAUUCAAAUCUUAUUUGGCAACAAUUACUCCGAAGGACAUGAUUACGAAACGUACGUCUCAAUGGUGGGAAAAAGUUUGGACGAAAGAGUUCAAUUGCUCCAUAAAAAAAUCGCUUGAACUCCGUGCGUGUGGAGAGAAUGCGACUCUGACUCAAAAUGUAGUUCAAAAGCUCUACGACACUUUUCUUCCUUAUGUAAUCGAGGCAGUUUAUGCGGUUGCGCAUGCUCUCCACAUGAUGUAUUUAUGCAGGGAACCUCAUGGUCUACUCCCAGAGGGGAGAUGUCCUCAAAUUCAUCCAUCAGUGAGGCCGCUGGAUGUUGAUCAGUACCUGAGGAACGUUUCUUUUAAUGGCAUUAUGGGAAAAUUUCUAUUUGAUGAGUCAGGGGACCCCGUGACCUCAUCCUAUGGAGUUAUUAACUUUCAUAGACACGAAGAGGGAGGGGUUACACAAAAUGUCAAACAAAUCAUCGGAUCUUGGAAUAGGAGUUCCAGAGUAAGACUUCAGCUUGAAGUCGAUAAGAUCAAAUGGAGUAGGAAGUCUUCAAAUGCGAGUGUUCCACCCACAUCAGCUUGUUCCGUGAUAUGUCCUCCAGGCACUGUGCAGUCUGUUACAACUGCAUGCUGCUGGGAAUGUGCAAGAUGCCCUCUGGGCUCUGUUAAUCCAGACUCUGGGUCUAGAAAUUGCACAGAAUGUCCUGCGGGUCAGAGGUCAAAUGAAAAUCGUACAGAGUGCGAAGAUCUACCGAUAGUUAACAUCCAACUGACAGACACUACAGGUUACCUAGUCACUGGUUUUAUAGUUUUCGGUGUGCUAAUUACGAUAUUUUCGUCCCUUGUUCUAUUGAGACAUCGAGAGACACCGCUCGUGAAAGCUUCAAGCCGUGAACUAAGCGCAAUCUUAUUGUUGUCCAUCACCAUGUUCUUCGCUCAAACGUUCCUAAGUAUCAUGCAACCUACUGCUCUAACUUGCCGUUUAGCUUACUGCUUGAACUACAGUGCGCUCGGUACGUGUGUUGCGACACUCAUGAUUAAAACUCUUCGUAUUCUAAGUGCUUUCCGUGAUGAUUUCAUCGGCAAACGAAUGAAGCAGUACAUUCUGACGAUAAAAGUUCAAGCCACCUUGGUUUUUUUGUUGAACUCGGUUGUAUUUUUUCUGUUGACUUUUUGGCUUUUUCUGGACGCUCCCUUUAUGACACGAGUUAUACAACGAGGCGAGUACAUUUUUCUGACUUGUCGCCCACACAGUUCUUCUUUGGGCUUCAGCUUGCAUAUCGCAAUCAACGGCUACCUCGUUUUGAUAUCUGCUAUCUGCACCAUUCAUGCUUUCAAAGUGAGAAAGUUACCUGAAAACUUCAACGAAGCGAGGUACAUCGGUUUUGCAAUGUACAUUCUCCUUCUUUCCACCAUAGCUUACUUCCCAGUGGACUUUGCAGGCCUAGAAAGCCAAAGUGUAACCAUCGUGACUUGUGUAACUACACUUGUGAGCUCGUAUGGCUUGUUGGGAUGUAUGUUUGCUCCUAAGUUGUAUGUGAUUCUGGUUCAUCCGGAACAAAACACGACGGCAGCUGUCAGAUGCCAGGUGUCAGACUACACUUUUAGGCAAUCAUUACCAUCCCAAUCACGCAAUGGAGAGGGAAUUACUUAG